CGAUAUUGAGGAGCAGACAAAUGAACCCAGGAUUAGGGAGACUCCGGAAGACAUUACCUUCAGCGCCAUCGUGAAUACCAUCGCUUUCCACCCGGCACGGGACAUCAUCGCAGCAGGAGAUGUUGAUGGAGAUGUAUUUGUCGUAUCAUACUCGUGCGAAGAGUUGGGAAACCAGGAGCUAUGGUCCUCGGGACACCACUUGAAAUCCUGUCGGAAAGUGGCAUUCAGCCACAAUGGGGAAGCAGUUAUGGAUUGGUAAUGCUCCCUGAUUGUCACAUUCCAUCACGGAGUCAGAGAGCACAGAAGCAGGCCCAUUGCCCUCACUGGUCCAUGCCAAAACUUGUUACAGUUUCAAAGGAUAAAUCAAUUCACAUUCUUAAUGUGGAAAGUGGCAAGAUGGUAACGAGGAUUCCCAAAGCCCACAGUGUUGCUAUUAAUAGCCUGAAGCUGAUUGAUGAAAAUCUUUUUGCCACGGGAGAUGAUGAUGGUUUAUUGAAAGUUUGGGACUCGCGGAAAAAAACCUCCUUCAUGGAGAUGAAAAACCAUGAUGAUUACAUCAGUGACAUCACCAUUGACCAGAAUAAGAAGAUCUUGCUUACAACCAGUGGUGAUGGUACAAUGUGUGUUUUCAACAUCAAGAGGCGCCGCUUUGAGCUGCAAUCAGAAUUUCAGGAUGGUGACCUUACAUCACUGGCUAUUAUGAAGCGAGGCAGCAAGGUGACGUGCAGUUCAUCUGAAGGAAUGAUCUACCUCUUCAACUGGGAUGGAUUUGGGGCAACCAGUGAUCGAUUCGCAGUGCAGAGAGAAUCCAUUGACUGUGUCGUGCCUAUCACAGAUAACAUUCUUUGUACAGCUUCCAUGGAUGGAGUCAUCAGGGCCAUAAACAUUCUUCCCAAUCGCGUGAUCGGGAGUGUGGGACAGCACCCUGGGGAGUCUAUCGAGCAGAUUGCCAAGUCCAGAGAGGGCCAUUUUCUUGCCAGCUGUGCCCAUGACCAGAAGGUGAAAUUUUGGGAUGUUUCUAAUCUGCAUUCAGUCAUUGUUGAUGACUACAGGAAACGGAAGAAGUAUGGGAAGCUGAAAUCAUUAAGCAAAAAAGCGUUUGGCUAUGGGCCUGGAAGUGACUUCUUUGCUGAUCUCGCAGAGGGAAAUAUAGAGGUUGAAGAAAACAGCAGUAGGAGCGAUGAAAUUCUUGAAGAACAGUAGGUAUGGCUUUCCCAUGCCACGAUCUCCUUCAAGCCGUGAGAGGAUUAUGUUACUGCUUGUGCAGCAAAAGGCUCAUCUUCCAGUCAACUUGUGCAUAUUGUUCAAUUGAAAGGAUCAGAGUCACAUCCUUUAAAAGUAGAGCCUAUUUCUUUCCUUUUUUAGCAGCCUCUGAAGAGACUUUCAUUUGUAAGGUUGUGUUGUUGAACUGAGAAUGGAAUUGGGGCAUGAUUCUGACUCCAGAAUCUGUGCCUGACUUCCCCCAGCUCAAACUGCCUUUUAAAUGGACAAAAGAGGUAAGGCAGCUGGUAACUUUGAUUUAUUUUUUCUCCACAAGGACCUAAUUAUAUAUUGAGACCUCAAUCAAAUUAGUUCAAUGGACUAUUAAUCCAACAUUUCAUAAUCAGAUAAGACUGAAAAGUCAACAGUUGAGUUAUUAUCAUAUGCACAAGUACUUGUAUGCACAGAUGCAUUGGAAAAAAAUAUUUGUUAUGUGCUUGCGAUGCAUCUGCGUCAGACUUGCAACAUUCUCAAGGAAAACAGAAAUACUGUGGAUCUGAUGCUUUGUCUCUGUGAUGCUGCUGCAAGUGUUUUUCCAAGACCAAUAUCUAAAAGGUUAAACAAUGGGUUGUAGACCUGGUUUCCAGUGAUGGGUCAGGCCUGAGCUGUUGUAUUGUCUAGUUAGUAAACGGGCAAUGCUUAAUCUUGCAUGCUGGUAAGUACUGGGUCUGUAUCCAUGUAGGGAAACUUGGAUACAGAGCACAUGUCUGGGCAAAUGGAGAAACGCAGCAUGCCACAAACAGUGGAAAACCUGGAAUUUUGGAUCUAGGAAUCAAAAUGCAGAAGUGCCAUUACCAGUAACGCCAUAGAUUGAAACAUCUGUAUGAGCAAUAGUAUCCAGAGGAAGAAAGUUUCAUUCUGUUGGUCUGCACUGAUUUUUAUCAUGUACUUCUGUCUGAUUAAAGGAUUUUAUAAAUUCUGCGAAUAUUUGUGUAAAAAGUGUGAGGAAAUGAAAUUUUGUAAAUGUGGAAAAAAUGUGGCAGCACAUUUGCAGACAGAAAACAGCAAAGGCUGAUGAUCCAUGCUUAUGCAAUGUCUCUUUAUCAAAAUACACAGCAUCCAUACAUGUGGUGAGUGAAUUAAUGGCAGGUAGUAAUGGAUGGAACAGAGAUCUAGUUGCCAAGUGAUCCCAGGUAGGAAAUUAAGUAUUCCAGGCUACUACAGGCACGAUAAGGAAGAGUCUUGCUUCAAAAAAAUCAGGAGUGGAAUCGGAGCUAAGGAACAGCAAAGGGUGUGAAAUAUUGGAGAUUUUCUAUAGGCCCAAAAACUGUUCCCACAUAUUGUUAAGGAACAGAUGUAACCUUGCCAUGACAGAGUGUGAGCCCUCAUCUGCCCACUUCUAUAUCAGCCCCCCCAUCCAUUCAAUGCACUCAACCUACCCUGCACUUCGCCCUCAUCUCCACUUGCUCCCUAUCCUGAACUCCUUCUGCCUGUAUUUUCCCUCUCCAACAUCUUACAUAACACUCAAGAGACUCCCAUGCAUCUUGUGUGGGCUCUGUGAACAUGACUGGUCAUCAUGUGUCCACUCCCCCCCCAGGAUAGUUCCAGGGAGGUAUUGUUGAAACGUAGGGAGUGAUUACACACUGGAUCAUAAGUCCCUGGAGGAAGAUGGAUCUGAAUCUGAUGGUAAGGUUAUAAUUUGACACACAAGUUUAUCCACCCUCAAAAGAGAGUCACUUUCAUUUGGCUUUGUCAUGGAGACUUUGAAAUAAGUUAGCUGUUAGUUUGUCCUAUUCACCUGCCAGGAGAGCUGGAUGCCAGGCAGCAAGGCACCAAGGCACCAAUAACAUGCAAACCCCAGCCCUCACAUCGUUCUUGCCCCACCAUUCUGAUGCACAAUC